AUGAUUCUUGAUAGCUUCGAAGAAAUUGAUGAAUGGAUGAUGUUGUUAUCAAGAAACAAUGUGACAAAACUCGUUCUUACUAAUGCAAAUCGACGUUAUGAGCUUCCUUCUCAUGUGUUUUCAUGUUUAGGAUUAACAGAGUUGAUAUUGGAAAAUUGUUACUUCAAUCCACCACUUCAGUUUGAAGGAUUUCGUAAUCUUGAAGAACUUUUUCUUGAGCAUAUUGAUUUUGGGGAGAAUUUAAGUGGAAAUCAGAUCAACUUACCACAACUUAAGAAUCUGAAUUUUCUCGAGUGUACGAAUGUUCACAAUUUCAACAUCAAGGCUACAAAGAUGAAGAGUUUGAUUCUAGUCACGUGUCCUGAUGCUAAUUUGCUACAAUUGUUGGAAAAUCCUUCAAUUGUUGUGUUUGGUGUAUCUUUUCUGACUUUUGAAGAUUUUGAUAGAGUUGAGAUGAUAAAUUCCAUCAGCUUUUUAAGUAGCUUAACAAAAAUUGAAGACUUCUUAAUCGAGGGUAAUUUUCUUAAGUUUUUGUCUGCAGCAGUGAUUCCAAAGUGGUUUCCAUUAUCAAUGAACAGCUUGAAGUGUUUAGUGUUGCAAGAUUUUGAAGUUGGUGAUUUGGAUCAACUUGAUGUUGCUCUUUGUUUGCUUCGAAACUCACCAAAUCUAGACACAUUACGUGUGCACUUUGAGGAGCCUCGAGAUCUUGUGGUCCUAGCUUUAGAUCAUUUGGAAUAUCCAAACUGCUUGGACUAUACAUUGAAACAGUUAAGGACUGUGGAGAUAUCAUGUUUAGAAGGAUUAAAAGUUGAAUUGCUUUUUAUAAAGCUUCUACUUGCUCAUUCACCUAAUCUUGAGAAGAUCUCCAUUAAACCAAUUCGAGGUCUGAAUAUUCGAAGAAGAUUUGCGAUUGCUAAAAAAGUUAUGAGGUUCCCUCGAGCCUCACCAAAAGCAGAAAUGAUCUACUUGAAUCCCGAGAAAUAG